UUCACACACAUAAGUUUCAGACGCUGAAUCGUUUUCAGUUGAUCAGGAUAAAUUUGGAAAACUAAAAAUGGAGUUUGAAUUAAUUGAUUUUGUUAAGGCCAAUCCAAUAUUGUACGACAGAAAAUAUCGUAGCCUUCACUAUAGAGAAAGAAAAAUGGAGAAAUGGAACGAGAUUGCCAGGAAGUUAAGAAGAGAUCCCACUACCCUCAGACUCAAAUGGAAGAACUUGCGAGACACCUACAAAAAGAGACUCUUACGCAGGAAAGGCGAUGAUGAGGAUGUCUUAACUUCUCGCAAUUGGAAGUAUCACAAUCUGCUAACAUUUCUAAAAGAUCAAUACACCAAGCAAUUAGAGGAAUACAGGAUCGAAAAUGAAGCGGAUUCUGAGGACGAAGAUUUACAAAUGAAACAGGAAGAAAAUCCCACUAAUACCGAAGAUGUCGAAUUUGAAGUGGAGACUUUCGAUCUAAAUGAUUACUUGAAAAAAUUCGAUGCUUCCACAGCAAGCAACUCAGCCGACAAUGUACCAGCGCCGACUACAACUGAAGAGUUACCAAAGAAGAAAAAAUUCGACAAAGAAACUGUUAUAAAUGAUGCCUGUCAAGAAAUGACAAAUUUAUUGCAGAGUGCUAAACAACAUUUCACUCCUCCUUCCGCCACACAAGCAUUUUUCAAUGCAAUUGCUAUACAAGUCACAGAUGCCAAACUACAGGCUGUAGAUCUGAUGCGUCUACAGCAGAGAGUAUUGGAAGUUAUAACCCAAGAAAUAUUAACCUACCAACAAAAUAGGAUAUACGACUCUUAACUUUAUUGAUAUUAUUCUUAUUAACAUUACAUAUUUUCUCUAUAUAAGUAAUCCUUUAAUAAAUCUCUAUUAACAAACCCCA